UACUAUUCCAUUUACCCCAAUACUUGCUGCUGUAAAAAAAAAGGGAGUCUGUCUCUUUCUUUCUCGUGGUCGGCUAUUCCAUUUUCUGGAUCGGCUCUCGGUGGUCGUCAGUAGUGGAGCUGUGCUUCUGUGGGAGACUUUGAGAGAGAAGAAAAAGAUGGGGAGAGGAAGAGUGGAGCUUAAGAGGAUCGAGAACAAGAUCAACCGUCAGGUCACCUUCUCCAAGCGGAGGAACGGUUUGCUCAAGAAAGCUUACGAGCUUUCUGUCUUGUGCGAUGCUGAGGUUGCUCUCAUCAUCUUCUCCAGUCGCGGAAAGCUCUAUGAGUUUGGAAGCGCCGGCAUAAACAAAACCCUUGAGCGAUACCAACAAUGCUGUUACACUCCUCAAGACACCAGUGCGUCCGACCGUGAAACACAGAGCUGGUACCAAGAGGUGUCCAAGUUAAAGGCAAAAUAUGAAUCUCUGCAACGCUCACAGAGGCAUUUGCUUGGAGAAGAUCUAGGACCACUUAGUGUGAAAGAGCUGCAGAAUCUUGAGAAGCAGCUUGAAGGGUCUCUCUCACAAGCUAGACAACGCAAGGCGCAAAUAAUGAUGGAACAAAUGGAAGAACUCCGCCGAAAGGAACGUCAUCUUGGAGACAUCAAUAAGCAGCUCAAAAAUAAGCUUGAGGCAGAAGGACAAGGUUCAUUCAGAGCCAUCCAAGGCUCAUGGGACUCCAUUACAGUGGUUGGAAACACCACCUUCUCAAUGCAGCCGUCUCAAUCCAAUCCGAUGGACUGCGAACCCACCUUGCAAAUAGGGUACCAUCACUUUGUUCCACCAGAAGGAGCAACUGUUCCCAGAAGCGUCGACUGUAACUUCAUUCAAGGAUGGAUUCUCUGAACCAAUUUGAACAAAACAGACAUAAAUUAUGUGGUUGACUGAAAGUUCUAGAUUUAAUUGGCUGUGCUAAGUUACAACUUUUUCUAUUACAUUCAUGUAUGCUAAAUGCUUCUAUGGCAUUUCCUGGUGGGGCACUGGGGAUCUUUUCUUCCUGGAUUAUUAUUAGCUUUUGUAUCUUUUCUGAUCACAAGUUUAACAGUAUUUCAAGUCCAAUAAGAUGAGAUGACUCUCAAAAACCUAUCCCAA